CGACAAAUGGCGUGACAGCAACGUACAUUUAAAUGAGUGAAGUUUCCUUGUUUCUCGUAUUGAAAGCUCUUCAUUUUGUAUCGACAUAACGCCUCGCAUUUUUAUAACAACACCAGGUCUUCUCUAAAGUUGCAACAAUGGACGCCCUGCAGAGGAGAGUGGUUCAGGAGGACAUGGUCCAGUAUCAGCUCUUCUUGAUCCAGUCGGACGACUCAACUUUACAACACUCUGAGGAGCACCUGUCACAUCUCGUAGAGGAGAUUUUGGCCAAGGUUGCCCCGCUGCUGAUGCAGUACAUCUGGCAGAAUCAGUCAUUCAACCUCAGCUACCAUCCUGAGAAAGGAGGUGUUCCUGCUCAUAUUGGAGGUAGCACUCAGUUUGGGGACAAUGUUGAAGAUGAGUGGUUUAUUGUUUACCUCUUAAAGAAAAUCACAGAGGCCUUCCCCGAUCUCGCAGCCAGAGUUGAGGACAACGAUGGGGAAUUUCUCCUGAUUGAAGCUGCAGAUUAUCUUCCAAAGUGGCUGAAUCCGGACACCAGUGAGAACAGGGUGUUCCUCUGUAGGGGAGAGUUGCUCAUCCUGCCCUACCCCUCCAAAUCUAGUCCAGUAGGGGUCUCGAGGGAUGUGGUGCCCAGUGUGGCACAGGCUGUAGCGCUGCUCUCCACCAACCCAGAGGCCUGUCGGGCAAGCCCCAAGAUUUGUUCAGCCCUGAGGAAGCGGCUGGAGGGGUACCCAGACAAGACUAAAUCUGGCCUGCAUCGUGCCCACUGCUUCAUACCUGCAGGCAUUGCCAUGGUGUUGGCACAGAGACCAGACCUGGUCGCCCCUGCUGUUUCAGCUUUUUACCUGCGGGAUCCAGUGGAUCUCCAGGCGUGUCGAAGCUUCAAGAACUUUCCUCCUGAUACAAGAGUCUUAACCUUGGUGACAUUUACUCGUUGCCUGUACGCCCAGCUGCAGCAGCAACAGUUCACACCAGACCGGAGGAGUGGUUUCUCUUUGCCUCCUCGCUCUCACCAACAGUACAAAGCCCAUGAACUUGGCAUGAAGCUGGCCCACGGCUUUGAGAUCCUGUGCUCUAAGUGCACACUGCCAUCUUCAGAGCCUGAUGCCCCAGUCAGUUGUAACCCUCAGUGGAAAGGCUUCAUGGAUAGCCUGAAAAGGAACAAAUACUUUCGGGGAGAACUGGAAGGUUCGGCACGUUACAGAGAACUGACGAAAUCAGCAGAAAACUUCUUUAAACAGUCUGUUGCCUCAAAAUCCAGUGAAGGGUCCACGGGAAAGGAGGUUCUCCAGCUGCUGCACAGCUGCGUUCACUUCAACAUGGAGGAGCUGAAGAAACUAGAGUCACAGCUCCCCCAAGAGGACAGUGACAGCUGGCUCGAUAUCACAGCUCAGGAGUUUGAGCGUAUGUUGCAGGAGAGAAGUGGGGGGAGAGCUGAUGUUGGCAGCCAAAACACCAGCUACACCAAACACACGCAGCAUGUCAGGGUGGCAGACGAGAGGAGAAAGAAGACUGAGGACAGCAAGGAGGAAGAGGAGGCCGGAUACAGCCUGGUAGCAGUGAGUCAGGGGAUGAAGAACUUCCUCAACACCAUGUCAUCACAUGAAGGCGCUGAACUGCCCUGGACGAGUUCAUCUCAGCCUUUUAGCUUUGACCCAGACUCCAUGGCCAGCACACUGGACCGACUGCUAGGAAGCAAAGAAGAUGAACUUGAUUCAGAUGACCUUGAUGAUGAUGAUGACGAUGACCAUGAUGAUGAUGAAAAAGAAGAGGAGUCCUUUGGUAAUGCAGAGAUGAACGGGACAGAGACGUUGGACAGUCUCAGAAAAUAUAUGGACCAAAUGGAUCAGGAGCUCCUGAGCACUAAUAUUGGACAAAGCUUUAAUCUAACGAAUGAUAACAAGGCAGGUCUGGACAUUGGGUCUCCCAAACCUUCUGCCACAGAUGGCCUCCUGAUGGAGGGAGGGGUGGGAGAGACAGACGAGGAGAUUCAGCCUCUUGACGUGGACCUCAACCUGGUCACCAACCUGCUGGAGUCCCUCAGCUGUCAGGCCGGGCUCGCUGGACCGGCCUCCAACCUGCUGCAGAGUCUGGGCAUACACCUCCCACCCAACUCUGAUCCCUCAUAAAGGACAAGGGGUAGCUAAUGAAUGAGGACAUAUUUGGCAGAUUUCUCUUCUGUAUGCAAGUUUCUGAUGAUUCCCAGAUAGGACAGUUGGUGAGACAGCCCUUAAAGCUGUCAGCAGAAUACUUUCACUACAUUGGCUGAACUUCUGUUGCCAAAGCAGUCACAGGCGUCCAUCCUGGCGUCCUGUGGAGCUUUCAUUGUAAACAGACAUGGUGUUGAACGUUCAGUGUUUCUCAUCCAAACACACUGUGUGUACUGUCAAACUGUGAUUUAAAAAAAAAUAAUAAUAGCAGACAUAUUAAAGACAUUUUCUAAAUCAUAAAACAUUUGCACAAAACAUUUUGAAUGUUUUAAAACCUGCAUUUGUUGAAGUUUAUAGUUAAUAUCAUGUGUACACAAGUACAGAAAAAGAGACGGAGCUCAUACCAUGUGCUGAAGAUACAAUUGUAUACAGGAUUUUAUAAGAUUUCUUUCCAGUGGAAAUUUUCUGUUUGGUCCCUUAUGCAAAUUGUUGCAUAAAUAUUAAAAAAAAAUUAUAAAAAUAUAUGCUUCAUGAUCAGACACAAAGAGUAUGAAUACUUUGGAGGAAGCAAAAUAUCCUUUAAAGUCCAAAGCAGGAUGAGAGAGGAAUUGUGCACUGAAUACCAAACACUGGAAAAAGUGGUGUCCCUCCAUGAACUCUGUGUUUAUUUGAAAUUAUGAUUAACUGAAAUCAGGUUUACAGUCAGUUUUUAACAAAUGCUGUUGGGCUUAAUGUGUGACUGUGUACUAAUGAACGAUGAUUUGUCAGCACUUAUAUUUGGUUCUUAAACAAAAUAAAUAUUUUUGGAAGUAAAGCCUUCUCUCAAUCUCAAAACAGUUUAUUAACCAUUUUAAAAUACAUAUUCACACUUUGAGAUAUCAUAUUCUUAUAUUAAGACAAACAGGAGUUUAGAUUAUAAUAAUAAUUUAAGGUAGUCUUCAAUAUAACAGCCUCAGCAGAGAAAUGUAUGUGAAUAUCAGUGAAGUAUUUCCCUUCUCAUCUGACAAAUGUUAACUGUCAAAUUCAUUCAAGGGAAACUUCUACUAACCUCUGGUCCAAAAUUACACAUUAACUCAGUAAACAAAUACAGUAAUACAAUAAGUUCAACUGUAUAUCACUAUAUAAACAACAUGUUCCUCAUUCUUAUCCAUUUUCAUCUGAAAAAAACAGUCAGAAUCAUUCAGGGACAACUUCCACAAAGCUCUGGUUGAAACUUCAUGUGGAGAAAAUCUUUUUUUUAGCUAAUUAUAUCCUGUUUACAGGAGUGUCCAAAAGCCUGUGUUUACUAUCAAUAUUCUUUUUUCUAUUAUGCAGAUUUUCCAUAAAUAUAUACCGGAAAAAAGUAUGCUUUGUUGCUACGAUAUGACCAGCAGCUCUAAAAGAAAACUGGUAAUA